AUGUAUGCGCGGUAUCCACCUUUGCCAGAAGAAACCCCGUCCUCAUCGUCUCUUCCCUCUCCAUCACUGGCGCUCACCCCGCCCUUCCACACCCGUCUUGUGGAGAACGACGUCGACGUCAAGCUCAUAUGCAAUACGCAUAUAGCUGACGCUAUGAAGACCCGGGAUGAAGUCGGCGGCGCGCACGAGGGGCUCCCUGGUGUGCCGUUUAGGUUCCCCGUACCUCGGGGCCCCCCGAGGGUGACCGGGGCAGACACGGCCGCCUCCCCUCCUUUGUCCCGUCUACCCCGGCCGUCGUCCUCUUCGUCCUACAGCGCCCCCCCCAUCGCCCCACAUCCUCGACGUCUCAAGGGCCCGUCCCCAACCCAUGGGACUUCUGAGCUUCACCCUGCUUUCCAGUUCCCCUCGACUCAUACCUUCCACCCAGCCGUCACCAUCAACAAGCUCAUUCCCGUUGUCCAAUGGGGUGAUCUCCUAUGGCGGCAUGUCGUAACUGCCCGCCUCGCUUCGGCCCUCGCCUCACCGGACAGCGAGAUGGUACCGUCUAUGCUGCACGUCGCCCUCCUGUCGACCGAGAAUCCACUGGAGACGCAGAAGACUUUCCAGCAUGAAGCCACCGUGCCCGAAGGGAUUAACCUCUUGGGUCCAUCUAUACCGGCACCGCGGAACAGGUCCGACAGCAGAUCUACCGGAACUGCGUCGAGCCCGAUCACCCUGCAGUCCGUGUCCGGCGCAGUCGUUUCAUUCCUCCACUCUCUCAUCUCCCGCCCUGUCCGUUCCGAUGGGCGGCCCAUUCACGUCGAAGCGUCUGGCACCUCACUUCCGCCCCGCAAUGCCGGCAGAGUUGGUCCCUUCCUUGCACGGGUCAAGGCCUUCGUCCGCCAACGUCUCUGGCGCGAGCUGCAAGAUCACCAGCUCGACACCCCUCCCUGGCUAUCGGAACUACGGAACUGA